GAAACUCCAAAGAGAUAUUCUGUUUCCCGCUUCCUCCUUUCCUAUUUUCCCCAAAUCACGUGACUCACAGUGAGUAGAGACGCUUUCCUGUACGUUUUCCGGCGUCGGACUUCCGCUUAUCAUCUCUAACGCCAAAGGUAAGCUAUGCCCGAAAUUCAGUUGGGUGCUCAUACGAUAAGAUCCCAUGGAGUCACUGUGGCGAGGUUCCACAUGCAUGACUGGCUUAUUCUUCUGCUGCUUAUCGUCAUCGAGGUUGUUCUGAAUGUCAUCGAACCCUUUCACCGUUUUGUUGGAGAGGAUAUGCUCACUGACCUCAGAUACCCUCUGCAAGACAACACCAUUCCUUUCUGGGCUGUCCCGUUGAUAGCAGUUUUGCUCCCCUUUGCUGUCAUUUCUGUUUACUACUUCAUCAGAAGAGAUGUUUAUGACCUGCAUCAUGCAAUAUUAGGUCUUUUGUUCUCUAUACUCAUAACUGGUGUCAUAACCGAUGCUAUCAAGGACGCUGUAGGUCGACCUCGUCCUGACUUCUUUUGGCGUUGUUUCCCUGAUGGUAGAGGGUUUUUUCACAAUGUCACGAGGGAUGUUCUGUGUACUGGAGAUAAGGACGUAAUCAAAGAGGGACACAAGAGCUUCCCAAGCGGGCACACAUCUUGGUCGUUUGCUGGUCUAGGAUUUCUAGCGUUAUACUUGUCUGGAAAAAUCAGGGUUUUUGAUCGCAGAGGGCAUGUUGCAAAGCUUUGCAUAGUGAUCCUACCUCUACUGGUUGCAGCAUUGGUUGCUGUAUCCCGAGUUGAUGACUAUUGGCAUCACUGGCAAGAUGUUUUUGGAGGAGCUAUCAUAGGAUUAACGGUGUCCUCUUUUUGUUAUCUGCAAUUUUUCCCCCCUCCGUAUGAUCCUGACGGUUGGGGGCCUCAUGCGUACUUCCAGAUGCUGGCAGACUCCAGAAACGAUGUCCAAAAUUCAGCAGGAAUGAAUCAUCUAAGCGUGAGGCCGGUGGAGCUAGAGAACGUGUACGUUGAUCAACAAGAGACUUCCAUGGAAAUAUCAAGAAGCAACACGCGGGACACCACUCGAAUGCUAGAGAGCCGUUAACUGAACCCUGUCUUGUAAUCGUUAUCAAUCUUUGGUGUGUGGUUCUGUUGAUUUUUUUUGCCUUGGGCUCUAUUUAUAAGGCCAUGUAGCUCGCAGUUGAAUGAAAAAAAACA